ACUAUGGAGGUCGAGAAAGGCCGCAAUAUGUCGCAGAUUGGAGGAGAUGGAUGGGCCCGUUUCCUCGCCAGCAUGCGUCUUUCUGGUGGCGAGUUGAUCAGCUUCUCCUUCAGAGCAGAAAGACCCAAGCUGGCUGUCAUUUAUCUCAACCUGGUGGAAGAUGAUGAAUAUGAUGAAGAUGACGAAGAUGAUGAAGAUAAUGAGGACCCACUCGAUGAAGAUGAUGAGAACCCACUUCAUGAAGCCAUCGUAGCUCAAAGAAUGAGGCUGAGCGAGGAGGAGGUGUGCAACUUAUGGGACAUAAUUCUGCCACGUGAUGACUUUGUCAGGGUGCCAUUCGUGACCCGCCUGACAAGUACCAUGGUCGAUCGGCAUGAAAUGAAAUUGCCAAAGAACCUAUCUGUGAGUUGUGGUAUUGAGCCUGAUGAAGAAGGCUCGGCUGGACUACGCCUUAUCGCAAGGGGCUCCGACACCACCUGUACUUACCGCAUGGACACAGACGGUCGCACACACUUAAACUCGGUUGGGUGGAAGAGAUUCCUCGUUGGCAAGAAUCUUCGUGUUGGACAGGCCAUCCUAAUUAUUAUCAGGAACACCCACCGCCCAGGCUUGAGGAUGAUGAUCUUUAUUGAAGCUGAAACAGGGUAG